UAUGUCUGAUUACUACCAACAACUGCUGUGCCAUCGUUUCGGGUCAAUAGUUCGGUUGAAAUGCCAUUUCCCGAGUUGGCUCGGAAUUGAUCCUUUGGUUUCACCGCCUUGCUGCCAGAAAUAUAUUUUUUAAGAAAAUCAACGCAGAAGAGGAUCCAAAGGCGGGCCCCGCAGCAGCAGAACCCGAGAGACUCCACAGUCUUUUCCUCAGAGCAGCCCCUGGCAGCGCUCAAGGGGAGCGGCAGCAGGGACUGUAAGGACCAGACAAGGGCGGGAUCUGGAGAAUCCCACCCCCUGCUCCCCACAGGCUCCGCCCUGGCCGGCCUCCCCCCCUCACCACCCACCCACCCCUGGUGUGCAGCGAAGCGAAGCUGGUGCGGACGGGCUGCUUCACGGUGAUCACACUCCCGUAGCCGAACAGCACCAACAGGUUUGUGGUGAGGAUCGCCACCACUUCCCCUCAUGGAAGGCGCCGCCUGUGGAUAAGGAGUCAAGAGGACGGCAGAUCCGAGAGAAGAAGAGCCCGCAGCCAUGGUGGAGGUCACAGUGGAAUAUGACUACGAGGCUGCACAAGAGGAUGAACUUACUCUCCGAGUUGGCGAUCUCAUCAGGAAUGUAAGAAAACUUGAAGAAGAAGGGUGGUGUGAAGGGGAAUUGAAUGGAAAGAGGGGAUUAUUCCCUGAUAAUUUUGUCAAAGAAGUAAAAAAGGAUGCAGAUGCAAAAGAGGAAAGCCCAGUGACUAAACGAGAAAAAUCUGGAAACGUUGCCAAUCUUGUACAGCGCAUGAGUCAUUUUGGAUUCCCAAUUGUUGGUUUACCAGUUCAACCAAAGUCUGUCAGAAGAAUCAAGUAUGGACGCUCAAGUGAAAGUUCUCUUCCCUACCGUGGGGGUGCUGAAUCGAAUGGUAACAACAGAAGGUUGAAGAAGAGGCAAUGCGAAACACUGUUUGAUUAUAUCCCUCAAAAUGAGGAUGAAUUGGAAAUCAAGACUGGAGAUCUCAUUGAAAUAAUUGAAGAGGUUGAGGAAGGUUGGUGGAGGGGAAUCCUGAAUGAGAAAAUUGGGUUGUUCCCAUCCAAUUUUGUGAAGGAGUUGAUUGAUCAGGCGGAAGAUGGAGACUCGAAUGAGGUGUUAAGUGAACCAGAUGUGCCAGUCAAGGACUUAAUUGGACUAGGACCUACAUCACCGACUGAAAUCCCAGUGAAUGAGAGUCCAGGAGCUGGAACAACUGCCCACCCCAAGAAAAUCCGUGGUGUGGGGUUUGGAGACAUAUUUAAAGAAGGAUCUGUAAAACUCAAAUCAAGGUUAUCCAAUUCUGAUUUGGAGGAUAAAAAAUCAGAGAAGCAAGUAACUCCAACCAGUAAUGCUGAGGCUGUGAAACAUGAACCAGAAAAUAAACAUAAAGUUAAAGAAUUUUGCAAAGCAGUUUUUGCAUUUGAAGCAACCAAUUCUGAUGAACUUAGCUUUAAGGAAGGAGAUCACAUCCUGCUGACAAGCAAGGAUACAGGGGAUAAGGGAUGGUGGAGAGGAGAACUAAAUGGCAAGCAAGGGGUCUUCCCAGACAAUUUUGUGGUUGUAAUUGCAGAAACUGAAAGAGAGGUUAUUACUGUUCCCAAACCUUCAGCAAAAUUACCUUCAAAAUCAGAGCUUGAUGAUAAACCAAAAAAACCACUGUUAUCAACAAAAGUCCAAGCCUCAAAACCUGAACCACCAUCUGCUGAGAAGAAGCUUGAACUUAAAAAAGUCCUUCCAGACAAAACUGACUCUGUUUCUUCAAGGAGUGAAGAAAAAGAUGAUCAGAAACCAACAAAACCAACCGGCCCAAUGGUACCACCCAAAAAGCCCAGCCUCCCUUUGAAAGGUCAUCCUUUUAGAACAUCUGUGCCUCCUAGACGACCAGAGAAACCCUCAGUGCCACUGCCUUUACCCAAAAUAAAUGGAGAGGUGCCUUACAAUCGAUCUAAGUCUGAUGUUGAAUCAGCUGUGCUUAGACCAAAAUCUGAGAUGCAGUCGUCAAUCAUUCGACCAAAAUCAGGAGAAGUUGAAACUGACAAAGCUCCUGAAAUAGAUCUCAUGAGCUUUGACUCUGUAGAACCUUCUGGUGAGAAACUUAGUCAUCCUACAGCUAGCAGACCAAGGAUGCCAGGGAGGAGGCCACCCAGUGUUUUUGUUGCCAGUCACCCUGGUUUGAGUGAGAGCCAUUUAGAUAAAAUCUCAAAAAUGAUCAAAGAAGAGGAAGAUGAAGAAAUUGCCAAACCAAAGCCUUCUGAUAUUGUAAAAAAGCCAUCAUUGAAACAGAAUACUGGAGUAACGAAUUUGACUGAGCUGAAAGAUAUAACUGAAAUGCACAAUAGGAGCAAAACAACAAUUGAAGAUCUUCAGGCUCAAAUGGCUGACCUAAUGGCAUUUGUUGAGAGACUAAGGACUGAACACAGGAAAGAGUUAAUCGAACUAAGGAAUGACUUUGAAGAAGAGAAAAAGCAGCGUACUGCCUUACAGCUGGAAAUAGAUAAACUGAAGAAAGCUGUGCAGUCUACGUGAGCUAUAAUUCCUUCAGAUUUGAGACAACUUACUAAGGUCCAAGUUGUUCCAAAUAACCAGGAAAAUCAAUACUUUGAAAUACUUCCCCUUUUAUGAUAAUCAUUGCCCUAUAUUAAAUGACAGAUAUUAUGAUAUAUCUUUAUGAAGCUGGGUAUAAUUGUAUGAUGUAAAUUUUUAGCCAGUAAGAAUUUUUGAGGCCUUAUCUGCUAUUGUGCUGAAUUUGCAGACUGCACAUGGUGAAUGUUUAGUUUGCUUCCUGUACUACUGAAUCUGUAUAAAGGGGUCAGAGAUUUUUAAGAUGUAGUUUAAUUUUUUUAAAUGAACCAGUGCUGUUUGUAGUUUUUGCAAAACAGUAAGAUUGCCAUCUUGGCAUUUUCUGCUAAAUGGGAAGAAAGAGCUUAAUAGAUGUUAGUUUUAUUGUUCUACAAAGGAAAGGAAGUUUUGAUUUGCUGUAUACAAUUUAUUUUAGCUUUCCUAUCCAGGAUAAACACUAUUGUGCCUGAAUAAAGCCUUCAUUUGCAAGUAUUCAGUGAAUAUAUAAAGUUGGCAUUUUAAGGGGCAAAGUUAUGUGAACUGGUGACCAAUUCCCUAUGCAAAGUAAAGCUAUGUAUUUUCAUAUUGAAGGUUAUAUAAUAUAAUUUAAAUGUGCAUUUACACGUUACUUGCAAUAAAGGGAGCUUUUGAACCAAAGCAAAGGGUCUGAGGAAAUGGGUAAACAAACGUAUCUUUAAUAUGUUUACUUUGAGGAAUUAUGGUUCAAGAUUUCUUUUUUCUUUCCCCAUUUACCUAUGGUCCUCUCUACAUUCAACUGAUAUCAUAAAUGCAGUUAGGACUCUACAUUUCUGAAGAGGUGGAUCAACUCAGUUUAUUAUUUACAUGGAACCAUUUGCAUCUAAAGAGGUUUCGUACCUGAUAGUGGGACUGGUUGCCAACAGUCCAUUACUGCAAUAAAAUUAGUUACAAGUGAUCAUGAAUGACAAUCAUUUAUAUUCCGAUUUCUGUCUGUGUUGUUACACACCUUUACAGAACACAGUGCAGUGCAUUGUUAUGUAAAACUAUUGGCUUUUCUUAGCAUUCUGCUCCCUGUAAAUCCUUUCAAUAUAUAGUUUGUCCACUUUUCUUGUUUACACAUUACUUAAUAAAAUGAAAAAAAAAGUAA